AGAUAAUCUGUGUUAAUUGUUUUCAGGUGCGCUAUAGGUAAACUCUUUGCUGAUAUUUUACCAUGCGUGCGGGCUAUACAUUUAGAUUCACGCAUUGGUAAUUCAGCUUAUACCUCUCUACUUUGAAUAUCGAUUUCUUUUCUGAGACGAUCCGAUGAUUUCAUAGACACACACCAUCAAGAGGGCGCCAUCUUGGCACUUCAGCCAUUACUAGACUCCAUGUGUUUUUUCCCCCCACAUCAAAGAUAACAUACCUUAGUGACUGCUCUUUUUCCAGUGCAGCCAUUGUAAUUAUAUUGCGCCGUUUGGCUUGCCGAAGAAGCUCCCGUACCAAUAUCUGACCCUAACACUCUUAAUCAUCGAGACGGGGGCAUCUAGUGCCAUCUCAUUCUGCGUCUUUAUCCUCUCAUACAAACCAAGGUUUUUGAGUAGUAUUACGACCGCCUUGGCCCGCACAUUUAUCUUUCGGGGUCUUCAGGGCUCCAUGUCCAGGGAAAGUCAGAGAGGGUCCUUUCUGGGAGCCAUCUCUUCCUGGAAUGCAUCAAGAAACACCAAGACUCCCCCCAACACCGAUGGAUCAGACGUUCUUCCUAGAUCUCAAGGCGAAGAUCAUACAAUCACACACAGGCAUAGACUUAGCUUGCGCCACUACCCUCCGGAUUGUCCCCCGCUGAGGGUGAGGUGGUUUUACGCUGUUGACUCUCCAAAACGGAAACCACUACUCUCAGAACACCAGAAGGAAGAACCGAAACCCCUACCUGCGCCCAAGAAGUUUGUCCCAUUUUCGUCGAAAGAUUCCCAGGCCAUUGAGUCCACUUUCCAAAAGCUCUCGGACGUUGAGAUUGCUCAAGAACAAACACGAAAGAGUGAAUCGCUUCGCGAAACAAGGAAAGGGUUAUUUACGGUGCCUGUCAAUGAGGACAACCUAUUUGACGUGGACAUCGAACGAAGGGAGCUCACACCGGCGUACUGGAUAGGUCCCACCUAUGAAGUGCGCCGGGGUACGUGGUUCUUCCAAGAGGGGUUCAAGCCGUGCGAAGAAAACCUGGCCACGCAGCUUGAGGAAGGAUAUCUCAAACUUAAGCCAUGGCGCCUGGAAAAUGACCAAAGCAAACUCUCGCAGACCGUUGCAAACCCAACCUCCCAGCAUGCAGAUAGAUCAGAUGUGAACAAGUCUGGGUUGCAAUGCACACCCGAACCAGAGCUAUGUGCUUCGCGGCCACUUACUGGUCAGGCUGGACAUGCAACUUCUGUCCGAGUAAACGAGCCUCGGCACUAUCGUCUUUUUGGUGCUUACAUGAACUACAUAGUGACAUAUCAGGAUCAUUCUACAGCUUUGUUGGCGAAUGACGAUUUCAUGUCACGAAUGAGCAGUACCGUUUACCAGAAAUUGGGCGGUAUACCAGGUACAAGAGUGGUGCGUGGUUUUAUUGAAACUAAAAGACAGAAGGAAACAUCGGCUGUGAAGAGUCGAGAUCAUAGUGUUGGUACAAAAUCUUCCUCCGAUACCCCUAGUGCAGCCUCGACAGACCACGAGGUCAAGUCUGAUUCGGAAAUUUCUUCAGACACACGCCCUAAUGAGGAUGUGAGGAAGAAAGUGACCAAUCAGGAUGAUCCGAGGUCAACUCUGGAACGGCAGAUGUCGUCCCUUGCUGGUGAACCUCAAAAUACAGCUGAGCUUGAGGAGCAAGCGCGGAAGCAGGAGGAGAAGGAAAUGGAAGUCUCCAGAGAAGCAGAUGAAGAGGACAGAGAGCGGCAGAUUGAUCAUUUGAUCCUUGUCACACAUGGAAUAGGCCAGCGACUUGGGUUGCGGCUAGAAAGCAUCAACUUUAUUCAUGAUGUGAAUGUUCUUCGAAAGACCAUGAAGAGCGUCUAUAAGGCUUCUCCUGAUUUGCAAGCCUUGAACUCUAGUUUCUCAGACAGUCAAAAAAACUGCCGCGUUCAGGUACUUCCAGUCUGUUGGAGACACCUCCUUGAUUUUCCCUACAGAGGGGUGAGGCAGAAUCGUAAAGAACUUGAUUUAGCCGAUGCAGACUUUCAUGACGACAGUUCUUAUCCUGGAUUGAAUGAUAUUACCCUUGACAGCGUUCCCGCAGUCCGGAAUCUCAUUUCUGAUUUGGCAAUGGACGUACUCCUCUAUCAAAGUGCUUAUUGUGAACACAUUUCUACCAUAGUUAAGCAGGAGUGCAAUCGGAUUCUGAAACUCUUCAAGCAGCGAAAUCCGACAUUCAAGGGCUCUGUAAGCCUCUGUGGUCAUUCACUUGGUAGCGCGAUCCUGUUUGAUAUCCUAUGCCACCAACCGUCGACUCCUCCCACGUCCGGAGAGAGGAGGAUGGACCGAGACGGGUCUCAGGACAUUUUGCUCGACUUUGACUGCGAAGAAUUAUUCUGCUUGGGGUCUCCAAUUGCCCUUUUCCAGAUGAUCAAAGGAAACACCAUUGCUGGGCGAUCUGUGAUUGACGGGGCAAACACCAAGAGGUCCAAGGAGGAGUGUGAUCAUCGGAACCCAACGUCUUCUUCCUCCGCGAGCCGUGGCGCAUCAGUUCAUGCGAGCACGGCGUCGGGUGAAGGGCCGACUAUCGUAUCGUCACCGAAGUGUCGGCAACUGUACAACAUAUUUCACCCUUCUGAUCCCGUUAGUUACCGAAUUGAGCCGCUAAUCUCGCCGGCAAUGUCGUCGCUCAAGCCGCAGCCCUUGCCAUCGGUAAAGAAGAGCCUAUGGGCAGCUCCUGGGCAAAGCCUAUCCAUGAUUGGCAGUCGUGUUGGCCAGAGUGUGGGAACCUUAUGGACCAAUUUCGCAACCGGGGUCGCAAGCAGUCUACUUAACCGCAGCCUCGGCCUUGGUUCGGAGGAAACUUCACAAUCCACAGUGAUUGCUACCGAAACUCAAAUGUCUCGAGGAUCACUGGCUAACUCUUCUCUUGGAGAGGAUGGCUCUUCUCGGUCUGGUUCGGGCCUUGAUAGUCAAGAAGAGUCUGCCGAUAGAUACCGUACAUUGAUUGACUGGAACUUAGAAACGCUCUACGAAGGGACCAACAGAACCAAGACUAGUCAUCACAAUGACAUUUUACAUUCCGCGGCCACUGAGUCCGCCGUUGGCCUAGAGAGCGAGGACCUAAGGAGGUUGAAGAUGGAAGAUGCUAAAAUGAGGGCACUCAAUACUAAUGGACGAGUUGACUACAGCAUCCAGGAGGGUGCAUUCGAUAUAUCUCUGAUUGCAAGCAUUGCCAGCCAUUUGACAUACUGGGCCGAUGAGGAUGUAAACCACUUCAUGCUUUCACAGAUGCUAUCAAGAAACGGUCGGCAUCGAAGUGUCAAGGACUGAUACUUCCCCUGCUCGAAUUUGUCGGAGAUUCUCUUCUCGCUAUAUUUACGCUCGAUCUGCUUCCGGUCUCAAGCAAAGCCUGGACUAGGCGGUAAACCAGUCCUUGCUUCUGUUAUUUUGUACCAGUUGGAGGCGAGGAUACGUUGCCUUACACCGGCGACACCAAAGCCUUUCCGUGGGAGCUUUGCCUGUCUAAGUUGGACCGGAACCAUUGCAAUCAAGAUUUUCAGCGGUAUACGUGGGAUAGAUCCUAAAAAGGAUACGUGAUGUCACGCAGGAUAAUCGCAAUGAUACUGCCCCUAUGAUGGCUCCAGGAUGAUGCUGGGCAGCAUGUAGAAUACGCCGUGUAUUUGAGAGAUUCAAAGUUUACCAUCAAAAUUACAUUGUGUCGGG